GUGUCUGAGUCACCUGCUUCCCAGAGAACAUUUGGAUUUCAAGCAUGUCAUCCGACUGCUACCCUGUCACCCUCUGCCCAGCGAUGCUGGCCAACACCGUGAUGGAGGUGAAGGCCCCACCAACCCACCACCCAGGAUGGAGAGCAUCAUCAGUUUUUGCCAAACUCCCUUUCUAGCUCUCUCCUGUUAAACCUGAAACUCGACCUGUGUACUCAUCCUUUUGCACCUCAGGUUGAGGGGAUUACUGAGAAUCCACCUACUGAACAUGUAUUCCGCAUUUUUUUUUUUCCUGGCCAGAGAAAUAACAAUUCUACCUCCCAUCAGAAACUUCACUUAUUGCUAAAAUGACAAGCCAAUGAACCAUUCCCACAGUCUGUAUGUCUUACAACAAUAUGAAUAGAGAUUACCCAGUGGGCUAUAGUCUCACAUUAAAGUAUGCUGUCCCACGGUCCCCCAGAGCCUAUUUUGAUGUGUCAGACCAUGUGUUCUGCUUGGUGUGAGAGAUGCAUUCAUUGAGUCCAUAGGUGGUAAGGCAAACGCCCAAUUGCUCCCUGAAGGAGACUCGUUACACAGCCUUGACAGGCCUCCAAUCUUCUGUCCCUCUCACCCUGCAGCGCCUGUACCUCUAGAUAGCAAAGCACACACCCAGGCACCACCCAGCAGCUAGCACUCAGAUGGAGACACACUGAUACCCAGCACAGGGACGCAGAUAAAUAGGUGCAUUCCCCUGCUCAUUCUACCACACGCAAAAGACCUCCGUUUAAAUGCAUAGUCUCAGUCUGGACAGAGCCAACAGCAAAUGCCCUUAGCACAACUUCCCUGCGAACAGGGGAACUUUUGAACUCUUUCCUUGGAUCUCAUUCAAAGGAAUAGAGAACAGAGAGAGUUAGCAGAUGCCCGGUCACUCCAACUUCCCAGCACCUCUUUCUUAUCUCUGCUUCCUGUGUAACCCCUGGCCCCCUCAUCCUUCCUUAUUCCUGAAGGGUCCUCCCUUGCUGGAAAGCUCACUGACUUCUUCCUUGCCACUUUUGGGAAAAUCCCCCCUUUUGUGGCCUUCACCACGUUGUUUUCCUGAGGUCAUUCUGACCAGCCAAACCCAGCUUCAAAACAGGAAGCUCCAGGACAGUACCCUGUGUUAGCCUAAGGUUUAAGUAGGCAGUCCUGAGUGUGACCCCCACACAUAUCCCGGCUCUGCCCAGAACCAGAGAGCAUUCAUUAGCCCUGGGCACUUAUCUUGGAGCCACAGCUGCUGACCGAGAGUCCUGGCCCUGUACUCUGCCUGCCCUGAGCCUGCAGUGCCAUGGGGAACUGUCUGCACCCGGUGGAAACCUCCUUUUCACUAGACAAGAAUGAGACUGAGUGGCUUAUGGAUCUGUGGAAUUAUUCGUAUGAAGAAAACGCCUAUGACUUUCCCGAUAACUACAGCGUUGGGGCAGCCGCUCCCUGCCGCUCCUGUAAUCUGCUGGACAGUUCUUCACUGCCCUUCUUCAUCCUCACCAGUGUCCUGGGCAUGCUGGCAAGCGGUGCCGUCCUCUUCGCCAUUCUCAAGCCUCUCUUCCACUGGCAGAUCUGCCCCAGCUGGCCUGUUCUGGCACAGUUGGCAGUAGGCAGUGCCCUCUUCAGCAUGGCGGUGCCUAUCCUGGCACCAGGGUUCAACACUGUCCAUAGCACAGGCCUGUGUUACCUGGGCUACUGGGUCUGGUAUACUUCAGCUUUUGCCCAGGCCCUGCUCAUAGGGUGCUAUGCCUGCCUGAACCCCAGAGUGAAUAUAGGUCAAAUCCGUGGCCUCACCUUGGGACUCACUGUGGCACUUUGGGGAGCAGCUGGCCUGUUAGGGCUGCCAGUCACUUUGGCCAGUGAUGUUUACAAUGACCUCUGCACCCUUGCAUCCAACAAGGACCUGGAAGCUUUGAAGUCUGCACACUCUGCAAUCUGUUUUACCAUCUUCACCGUGUUCCCACUGGCUCUCUUGGCAGCCAACGGGCUGAAGAAAGCAUUGAGCAAGGAGUCAGGCCCCUGGGUUAGUGUCCUGUGGGUCUGGUUCAUUUUCUGGUGGCCUCAUGGGAUGGUUCUCCUAUUUGAUGCCUUGGUGAGGUCCCAAAUCGUGCUUUUGCCAUCCUGUCCAUCCCAGCAGAUUCUAGAUGUGAUGCUGAACCUGGCAGAAGUCCUAGCUGUGCUGCAUUGUGUGGCUACACCCCUGGUCCUGGCCCUGUUCUGCCACCAGACCACCCGUAGAUCCUUGGUCUCUCUGUCCCCCACUGCAAGACAGUCUUCUCCUACAGAUGCCUUUGCAGGCAAAUGCUAGUUCUUUCCCCAUGUGUCAACCUAAAUUAAAGUCUAUACUGCCUUUAUGAA